AUGUCAAAAUCCACCUUCAUUCUUUACAAUUACACACCUACACUUGUGGGUGCAGUAUUGCUUGCCGCACUUUUCUUCUUAUCGACUGCUUUCCACCUCUACCAACGGAUCAGAAGCCAUUCAAAAUACUUCAACCCAUUUAUUGUUGGAGGAAUAUUCCAAAUUAUCGGUUAUAUCGCUCGUGCCGCCGCCCAUUUCAACACAACAUCAACCAUCCUCUACGCAAUGCAGUCCCUCUUUAUUCUGUUGGCGCCAAUUCUCUACGCGGCGUCUAUUUAUAUGGUUCUUGGAAGAAUUAUCACUUUCCUUCAUGGCGAACAUCUAAGCUACGUGCCUGUCCAUCUUAUGACAAAAGUCUUUGUCGGUGGUGAUAUUCUCUCCUUCAUCCUCCAGGGAGCAGGUGGUGGUAUUACGACCAACGGGUCUACAAAGACUGUCAUGGUCGGCCAGUGGGUUAUUGUCGGAGGCCUCUGCGUCCAACUUCUUUUCUUCUGUGCCUUUGUCUUAUCAUCUGCCCUUUUCCAUAUCAGGAUUUUCGCAUCACCAACCGAGAAGUCUGCACGGACAAUGCACCUUUGGAGUUCCAUCUGGCCCAGAGAUUGGAGAGGGCUUCUUUUUGCAUGCUACGCUGUCAGUGUAUUGAUUUUGAUCCGAUCCGUUUAUCGACUUGUCGAGUUUGCUCAAGGAAACAGUGGCUAUGUCAUUAACCAUGAGGUUUUUUUGUACGUUUUUGAUGCUGCCAUGAUGUUCAUGGUUAUGGCGAUUAUGAACGUCUUCCACCCAUCUGUUGUUUUGAAAAGUGACAAAUCUACCAACUCGAGGGAAACCGACAGCUCCAUUGAAGCCAACAACUCCCAUGAGCUCAAGGGAGCUUCCACAGGAGGUGAAAGAAUCAUGAAUUGA